AUGCUUAUCUGUUACCCCUGUUCAGGUGUACUUGACAUAGACUCGCAGAGCGAAUCCUUUCAAGCACUUCCUGGAGAUAACGGUAGCUGCUUAUCGGUGAAAUUUGCAUGCCCCCAAGGUACGACAUACUCUAGUUCGUAUGGGGCACGCGUAGGGCUGACCAGGUCACAUAAACGACCUAAUUCGGGUGUUAUUGGCUUCUCCAGGUCGAAGAGUAAGGAGAAUUAA